AUGGCUCACUCAAACAGUAGUAACUCCGAUCUUCUCAUCGAAGAGCUACUCAGAAUCGCUCUUUAUUCAAUCACCUAUCUCAGGUGUAUUUUUGAUGAGAAUUCGUACAAGUGGGCAAAGUAUCGUUUCCCCAACGAACUGCUUAACAACAACGAUACCUCCUCUCAUUCAAUAAGAUACAAACAGUUGAUAAAGGGGUCCAAUCAAAAUGUAGAUAGGUUUUUGAGUUGGAUUGAUUCGGGAGUAUCUGAUGCCAUUAUGAGAAGGGCACUAAAGGGUUUACAGUUGACAAUUGCAUCUGAUUCUGAUCAUCCAGAUGAACCACGAGAAUGCUAUUUAUUUAUGAUAAGUUACAAUCAUAAAAGUAUUUCUGUAAGUUCACAGAACAGCAUUUGUACAAUCGACUCAGCACAUUCCAUGACGACUUCAACAAGAGAUAAAUUACGCACUCUUUUAAAGAAUCUAAUUGAUAUCACUGAAGAUUUGAACACGUUACCAUCACUUAAGAGAAUAUCUAUAAAUCUAUUGAUAAAUGAGACUUCUCCAAAAUAUUAUCAGCCAUCAGGAUUCAGGAGCACAGGUUCUUCACAAUUCCCACUUCUUGGCAAUGUCGGAGAAGAAGGUGUAAUUAAAUUAGAUUCAGUUAAUACUGGUUACCACACAUUCGGUGUGGCUGUUUACACUACCGAAGUAAAAAGUGAUAAUGUCUUACCAUAUCUGGCAUCUUUGUCCGGGAGUGUGGUAAAGAACACAUUUGAUGAAGCACAACUAUUCACUAAAAAUAGACAAACAUUGGUAGCAUCAAGACCAGACACCGUUAAAUUAUGUGAAUGCAAGUUUUUGUUAGGAAGCAAAUAUCCACAGAAAAGCUUUGAUUGUAUUGGGUGUAAAAGACACUGCCACUUAAAGUGUUAUGGUUACACGGAUACAGAUUUAUCCUUUAGAAAGAAAUGUUUCACCUGCAUUUUAGGUAAAGAGAAAGUUGACUUUGACAUUCUAAUACUAAUGCGUUCUCGAAUAUACUUUGGAUUCUUGAAAUGUUUUCCAUUCCCUAAGAGAUUACUGCAAAUUGGGGUUGAAAUAUUUGAUUUAUCCAAAGAGAACCUGGUGUUGAUUAUUAACAAGAUGUUAAAGCUUUUUUUAAUGAAUGGUGUUAUUGUAUUUGUUGAACGUACGGAAGUAACUGAAGUAGGGUGCGGCUCAGUUAUUGUUGAUAUCCAAACAAGUAGUGAAGUUCUACAGCUAACUAAUCAUUACUUGAAAUGGAAUUCCAUGUGUAAUCUAGCAUUUUAUCCAAUAACAAGAAGAUACACACACAAGAAACGGAAGAAUCCAUUAUUUGUCCAAUCGAAAGUGGUUACUACAUUCUGUCGAAAAUGGAAUACAGGAAAAAUCGACCACGCUUCCCAAAUACUACAAAUUGUUCGGAAAGUUUUACAAUGCGGGGGAUAUUUUAAUCUGGCUUCUCAAGUUGGUACUGCCACGAUGAAUUACUUGUUCCCUUCUUAUAAGCCAAGCAUAUUAAACAAUAAGGUCAGAAGGUGUUCAUUGGAAGCGGAUGCUCAUGGUAUCUCCGCCACUUCUAGCUUACUGCAACAACGAGAGAAAACUUCUUUCUUGCAUAUACCCUUGGAAGACCGCCUUACCGGGAAUGGCUUUGAAAGAUCGAGUAGUUUCAAGAAAGGGAAAUCUUAUUCGCAUGGUAGUGAAGUGACUGAUUCAUCGAUUAGAAGUCCUACAUUUAGUGAAUUAGGCUUUUUUCAAACGAAGAUUCAUGUCGGUAGGCCAACAAUAAUCUCGGAUGAAUUGAAUGAUAUUUCAUUUGAAGAUUCAUUUGCAAUGUUAAGUCAAACUCAGAAAUGA